CCGACUGGCUCGGGCGCUGCGGCGGAGAGUCCGAGGGGGCCGCGGGAGGGCAGCGGAGGAGCCAGGCUGCGCGGCCUCACGGUUCCUUAGCCGGGGCGCCGGGAACAGGCCCGCGGGAGCCCCGGCGCGGCCGUCGCGGCGCCUUCCGCCGCCUGUUAGAAGCAGAGGGUUUCUCCGUCGCAGCCCGGCCAAAGUGAAAAGGGGCGAGGGGGCUUCCGGAGGGCAGGCUCCUGUUUACACUGAGGUAUCCCGAGAACAGCGCCAGGUCGUGCGAACACCGAGGCUGGACCUGAGCGCCGGAGCCCGCGGCGGUCGGUCCUGUGCCCGGAGGGGGUUCUGCCGCCUGGGGACCCGGCCGAGGCUCGCCGCCCGGGAGCCCGCGGGGCUCGGCGCUGUGCAGCCCGGCGAGCCACCUCCUGCAGUCUCCAGCACCAAGAAAAGAUGUGGAAUGGACUGCUGCCUCCUGGCCUGAAUGAAAGUGAUGUUGAAUCGAGUUCUGAAGACGAAGUCACACUGGAGAAGUCUGAACUUGACUUACAGGAAGAUAAGGAGGAUGGGGCUAAUAGAGACACAGAAAUCUCAAGUUUCCCAGCAGAUGGACCAAAAACAGAAACAGAGGCCAAUGCAGAUGCGUAUGAAGAAUGCCCUUCUGGAAUUCCUUUAAAUUUGUGGAAUAAAUUUCAAGAAUUGCAUAAAAAACAUUCUGAACAGAAAACCUCAGCUUCACGAUUCAGAGGGAAAAAGAGAAAACGCUCCAGAAAAGAUAAAUUGAAGAAUGAAAAAGAAUCUCAUAGUGAACAGCCUUUAAAUGAAACCCAAUGGAAGGAGCUUACUCAGUACUUUGGAGCCAAUGAUAGAUUUGAACCGCCUGUUAAAAAGAAAAGGGUUGACAAGUCAGGUCUUGAAAAGCAGAUAGACCAGGCUGUGGAGGAAUGGGAUGUGGAGAAGGCUGAAGAACUCAGCAACCAGCUUGCUACUCGAGAGCUUGGUGUAAAAAUUGCCAAAGCAAUCGCCUGUCACAAGUUUGUAAAAGCCAAAAAGGAGGCUGAAAACUCGCAGGCAGCCCGAAAAAAGAAGAAACUUGCAUGGGGAUUUGAAGCAAAGAAGAGAUGGGAAACCAAAAGCAACAUGGGAUAUAUGUAAUUUGUCAGAGUUCUUCAAGACACUUGCAGACUCGUGUGCUCCAUUUACUGAAAAGAUUUUCCUACUUAGGUUAAAUAUGUCAAGAAAUUGAUAGAAGUAGAAAAAAUAAGCAUAAAACUUUGGAGUUAUUAUCAAUUCUUUUUAGCCUUUUUCUAAGGAGUUCAUUCUAUUGAAGUGAAUGAAGUGAAGCAUUUUUUGUUAUUUAUGUAAGAAACCUAAGCAUACAUGCAAGAAAAGAAGUAG